UUUGAUAGAUGGUCGAAUCAUUAUUUCUGGUCCUUUUGUUAUUCUCAAAUAUUAAUUUGAAUGCCUAUACUUUGGGUCUCGUGAAUUCUGUUUUGACUACGAACCAUACCUGAAUUCAUGGGCGGUUCAAAGCACUAGACGUCGAUAUCUGUCGCAGUUUAAUUAUUUUUUCAAUUCAACGCCAAAAGUUCAUGGAGAUGGAGAGUGGGGUUUUCUCGGCUUGGGAGAGUGGAUUUUUGUCGGAAGAUGGCGAUGGUCAACUGAAAGCAGCGGCAUCACUGCCAUUAAUCCCUCAGCCACAAACACCCAAGGAGCCCAUGGAGUUUUUGUCCAGAUCCUGGAGUUUAUCCGCGCCGAAAAUCUCCAAGGCUCUUGCCCAGAAACACAAACAAUUCGAUUUCGAUAAUGUUAAUCAAACUUCAUCUCCUGAUUCCUUUGUUGCACCACAAAUUGCAGGGAAAGUGAUGAACUCAAUUAACGCUCGAAGAACAGGAACAAUUGGGAAAUGGUUUCAUCACCACAAGGAAUUAGGAACCAGCACGGUGAAGAAGAAAGAUAAAAUGCGUGCAGAAAAUGCUCGGCUGCACUCGGCUGUUUCCAUUGCAGGACUAGCCGCAGGCUUGGCCGCAGUAGCCGCCGCCGGAUACUCCAAUGGCGGCGGCGGAGCCUCCACGGGCUCAAAAAUGAGCAUGGCAUUGGCAUCCGCCACGGAACUUCUAGCAUCCCAUUGUAUCGAAUUAGCCGAGCUAGCCGGGGCUGACCAUGACCGAGUUGCUUCAGUUGUUAAAUCAGCAGUGGAUAUUCAAAGUGCAGGUGAUUUGAUGACUCUCACUGCAGCAGCUGCAACAGCCUUGAGAGGUGAAGCAGCUUUGAAAGCAAGAUUACCCAAAGAAGCAAAGAAAAAUGCAGCUAUAAGUCCAUAUGAGAGGAGUUUGAUAGAAACUCAUUGGGCUGCUGCUGCUGCUGGUUUUCAUGCUCAAAUGGACCAGAAUCCUCCAUGCCAGGGUGAACUAUUGCAACACACACGAAAAGGUGUCUUGAGAGGGAAACGGGUGAAUGUCUACAUCAACAAGAAAUCUCAGGUCAUGAUUAAGCUCAAAAGCAAACACGUUGGGGGAGCAUUCGCCAAGAACAACAAAUGUAUUGUUUAUGGAGUGUGUGAUGAAACUUGUGCAUGGCCAUAUCGAAAAGAAAGGGAAAGUUCAGAGUCAGUGGAGCUGUAUUUUGGGGUGAAGACAGGGCAAGGUCUUUUAGAGUUCAAGUGUAAAAGCAAGAUUCAUAAGCAGAAAUGGGUCGAUGGCAUUCAAUAUCUGCUGCGACAGGUCUGCUGUGCUGAAGCAGCUGAGCUUUCUAUGGAGUCUUUGACUAUUAAAGACACUGUAUAAUCGUAAUAAUAAUAUUAAUAAUAUUUUCAUAGUAUAUAGUUCGUGUAUACACAACGAAAUUUGGUUUGUUUAAAUUAUGGAUUUUAUACGGAAAACGAGGAAAAAAGGAACUUUCAAUGUGUGAGCAAUGAAACAAGUGCUUGAGGGUUGCACGGGAAGA